AUGUUAUCGAUGGGUGCCUUGGAUGUCAUUGGUAGUGGCACCUUUGGACUGAUCCGCAAGGUGCGCCGCAAGUCGGAUGGCAUACUGUUCGCUCGAAAGGAGCUCAACUUUGAGCGUAUGAGUGAGAGAGAUCGGAAACAUAUCGUCUCUGAGGUAAAUAUCCUUCGCACACUUCAGCAUGACAAUGUCGUGCGCUACGAAGAGCGAUAUGUCGACACAGAAAACGGCAUCCUCUACAUCGUCAUGGAGCUCUGUGAAGGCGGUGAUCUUGGUGCAAUUAUUAAACGCUGCCGACGCACCAAGACGCACCUUCCGGAAGAUACUGUUUGGUCGUUCUUUGCGCAAAUGACCGCCGCAUUGGAAGCGUGCCAUUAUCGCACAUCCGUCCACGGCCCACCGGGUACCCGUGGCAUCUCGCAGGCCAUUCUGCACCGUGAUUUGAAGCCAGAGAAUGUUUUUCUUGACGCUGAUCAGAAUGUCAAGCUGGGCGAUUUUGGUCUGAGCAAGCAGAUUGCUUCCCAAGCUUUUGCAAAUACUUACGUCGGCACACCCUAUUACAUGAGUCCUGAACUGGCUACAGGACAGCCUUACGAUAUAAAGUCGGAUGUAUGGGCUUUAGGGUGUAUUGUCUAUGAACUUUGCGCCUUAUCGCCUCCAUUUGAUGCGGCCAACCAGGCAGAGCUUACGCGCAAAAUCAAGCAGGGCAUGAUCCCAUCUUUGCCACGACCCUACUCACGCGACUUGCAAGAAGCCGUGAAUGCGAUGCUGCAACUUGAUCAUCGACGCCGUCCCACAACUCGUCAACUGUUGCAGAUCAAGCAGGUGAAGAUGGCAUGCCGGACCCAUGAAGUCGCUCUUUUGCACAAGUCGGUCCAACGUGAGAAGGAACGUUUGCAGGCACAGGUGGAGAGUUUCACAGCACGGGAGGCCGCUCUUGCACAGCGAGAAAAGGAGCUAGAUGAGCGCUUUCAAGCCUUUGCGUUGUCGUCCGAUAACGAUGCACGUUUGCAAGCUUUGGACGAACGUGAAGUGGCUUUGCAUACGCGCGAAUUGGAGUUAUGCCGACGCGAAGAAGCAUGUACCUCGUAUCGUCAGGAGCUGCUUCAACAGUAUUGCAGUGAGAAAGCCCAGAUGGAAGAGGAACUGCAACGCCAACGUCGAGCUCUGCAAGAAAAGGAUACCUUGAUUGCGCAGUUGCGUGCCACACGCCAAGAAAGUCUUUCGCUGGGUCGAGUAUCGCAUCGUGGCAAACCGCGUCGCUCUUCUUUUUUGCCUACCAAGGGAUUGGAAGGGGAAGAACUGCUUCGGUCUCGCAUAGAAGAAGGUGCAUUGUCAUUGCAGUCGCCUGCUUCGCGGACCAUGCCCACGGCGACAGAAGAGGAAUGGGUCGACGAUGAAGAACCAGCACGUACGUCGGCCGCUGUGAUGACUACGACCGCUGUUCCUUCGGCAUUGGCGCGUUUGCGUCGUGCUGAGGCAGACGUGUCCGACUGCUCGAUGAAAGAUGCCUCGUGUAUGUGGCGCGAAGCUUUGCCCUGGCGUCCCUCUGUGAUACCCACGCCACGCAAGUCAAGAGCCACAUCUUUCGGUGCUACGUCACAGGCGAAGAGUACGACAUCUGGCCUUCCUUCUUCGCGCACAGUACCACAGGAUUUGAAUGCGUUGCCGCAGGAUCCACAGUGGCUUCUUGUCGACGAAGAGGAACGACCCUCGCCCUUCCUCAAGCGAGUGGUCCGUAUCCCACUCGAGUCUCUCAAAUCCGACGCACAAGAAGAUACAGGCGGCGAGGAUGUCCAACUGGCGCCUGGUCCUGUCAAGCCACGCGGUGUUCCUGCUCGUAUGGCCAACCUCGAGGCGGAUCAAGAAAAUGCCGCUGCUCGUCGUCGCUCUUUCCUGGAGCAGCGCCGACGUCGGUCUUCCCUUCUGCGACCAACAGAUGCGCGUCCUGCUCUCAGCUCCGGUAUCCCACGUACCGACGUAUCGCGUACGCGGCUCUCUGCCCUGCCCUCGAGUCCUGCUCGUACAGUGCGCCCGUUUACUGCUGCGACGCGCGCACGGUAA